AUGGGCCGUCUCCCCCAGUCGAGCUACUACCCCACCCAUUUCAUGAAGGGCACCAUCAUCGAGCUGGCCGACGGGCGCACCAAGAAGGUGGAAGACAUGAGCUCCGACGACUUCCUGCGCUGUGCCGAGACAUCCGCCUACCUGACGAUGGAGACGAGCCGUGUGGAUCGGGUCGAUACGCUCGGGCCGCUUGUCCGCGUCCGCUUCCUGGUGGGCGAUGACGGCGCGGAAUGCAUCCAAGACUACCAGCCCGAGCACCCAUUCUUCGUGGUGGCCCACGGCUGGUCGAGCCACGACCCCGCCAAGACCAAGAACACUUACGGGCUCGACACGCGCAGAUUGGCGGUGGGCGACAUUUGCAUCUCGCUGACGCGUCGUCCUGAAGACGUCAACGGAGGGGCGCUCGACGACGCCGUGACGAUCACGGCCGCGCGCCGUUUUGCCGACGAGGACGCCGAGCAGCGCGCAACGAAACGCCGUCAUUCCCUAUCCGACGAGUCGACAUCCGGCGAUUCGGGGGACCGCCACGACGUCGUGUCGGGCGGCUCAUCCUCCUCCGGCUCGUCGCCGCUGCAGAAGAAGGACGAGGAUGACGAGGGGGCCGCCAAUAAGAAACACCGCUCCGAUGAGAUCGACGUCUCCGCA